CUACGCAGCAUCAAUCAUCUCUUUUAUUUCUACAUCUGAGGACCAGACAAGGACUCGAAGGAAUAAAAGACUAUCAAUCGGAAGCUUGCUUACUACUUUAACAACACCCUUCAAUUCUUCCAUUUAUUAAGCUUUCCUUAUCCUUCUCGCCUCUUUUCUUCUCCACGAGCUAAGAUAGAGAAAUCAAAAAUAAUAAAUCCAACAACCUUCCUUUCGUUCCUCUUGUUCCUCUUGUUCUCAGACACCACUCUUCUUCGAAACAGUAAAACCCCACCUCAACUGGACUCGUGCCCCGCUGAUCGCAACAACCACCUUCUAAUAACAACAACAUAAACUUCCAACCAUAUUUCCAUUUAAUUCUUUUUAAAUAGAUUUCGAUCAAAAUAUUUUGGGCAUGGAUACAAUGCUGGGUAACGGAGCGCCACAACCGCCGCAGCCGCAUAUGCGAAAUGGCAGCAGCUCCAACAAUCAAUACCCUCGGCAUAUGAGCACCGGUAGUUUGAAUAUUCCAAAUGGUCAAUCGGGUCCUAUCAAUGGUGCUUCUCCUAGAGCGGAUGGAGCUGCAAGAAGUCCCCCUACUAGACAAAGUGAGCAUCCAAAGCUUCCGGAGAGUUGCUGGAGUUAAAGUUCUGAUGCGGGAUUUAUAGAUACCGGCCAUGUUCCGUGUAAAUUCUUUAGACAGGUGAGCAAGAUUCGAGCUUCGGUCUUUUAGCAGGAAUGAAUGCUGAUGUGAAUUGUUUAGGGUACUUGUCAAGGUACGUCAUACAAACUGAAGAAGGUCAUCACCAGAGCCUUGAACUAAUAAUCUAUAGCUGGUCAAGCUUGCCCAUUCAGUCACGAUCUAGCUAGUACAACUGAUAAUGUCUGCAAAUACUUUUCAAAGGUACGUGGUCUAAUUCGCAGAAUGAAAGCAGGGUUUUAACAGUCUGCGAAGGGUAAUUGCAAGUUUGGUCCUAAAUGCGCAAACAUACACGUUCUGCCUGAUGGAAGACGGAUUAAUUACAAAGCAAAUAUGCCACCGAUGGCACCGGCUCUGAAUCUUGGAGGACGAAUAAACCCAGAUCCAUACCAUGGACAAGGUUCGGCUUUAACAAAUUCUUUCGCCCGGGCUCAGGGUGUACCCACUUCACCAUAUGGUCAACCUUAUGGCCCUUUCACAACACAAGAGGACGGAUUUGUUCCUAUGGUUGGCAGACAGCAGAGUGUUGAUAUCAAUAUUCCGACGAUCGAUACGAGUUAUGCAUCGCAUCCCGGAUCAAAUUAUGGAUCGCCUAGAGAUGAUAUGAUGGAUCGAUUUGGCCUUGGACUUUCACCAGUCGCUGCCAAGGGUUUAAGUGUCUUGGAUGCUCCUUUGCCAGCUUCAUUCGAUAGUAACGGUGUAUCAUGGAUCGCAAGACAUGGGAAAGUAGCAUCCUCAGUUCCUACGAAGUUCGGCAUCGAUUCGCCCCCAUCAUCAGUUGGUGGAGGAAAGCCAACAGACGCCCUAAGAAGCCUACAUAGCUCUGCAUUUGGAGAUGACACUAGGGAUCGAUUCAACGGAAUCGCAUCAUCUCCGCCAUCCGAAGAAUAUUUUGGGAAACGCACUAUGCAUUCUCAGCGAUCGACCAAACCAAAGAUUAUAUCGGCAAGUCUUCCAAGAGAGCAUAAAGAGCUAGACUGGUCAGAGGCUUUUUCGUUUGAAGAAGAUUUACUACCGGAAGCUCUCCAUGAUCUUAUGACACCAGCAGAAAAAGCUAGAAGAAAUUCUCGGGCCGCCUACGAUGAAUCAAAGCCAUCUCGGGUAUUUUACGACGAAGGAAGAUCAACCUACAGUGGAACAGGUACCCCGAGCAAUGAGACCCCGACAAAAUUUGGCUCUCCAUCAAACGGAAGCCCUUCUUCUAGAUGGGGUGCUUAUUUUCAACCAAAAGCCAAGGAAGAAGAGAUUUCUCGAGCUUCAGUAUUUGGUCAUGUAGGCUCUCCACUUCGAAACUCUCUUCUUCAUGAAGGAGCAAGCCCUAGCUCAAGACCAAUUGCUCGCCCUAAUACAUCUGGUGAUGCAUUGUCAAAUGUUGCAUCUCCACCUCGCCAAACUUCCAUGUCUAUCAUUUCACAACAACUCCAGCGGACUCGUCUCUCCAGAGCCGAAUCCAAUUGUAGCGAUCCCAGCCUUCUUUCAUCAUCAGCAACGCGCACUAUUACCACUCCCAUUGGUUCGGGUCGAUCGGCCUUUUUGGCUGAUAGACAACCUAGCUCUACCAGUAUUGGUGGCAGUGGCAGAUUUACUACACCCAUUGACGAAGAACAAGGUGAUUUCGUUUUCAAUAUGGAAGGCAUGGAUGAUGAUGAGAGAAGUCAGAAAAGAAGCAGCCCUUGGAACAUCGCUGGAAGUAACAAGAGCCCCAGCUUAGGCGCUGUUGGUGGUGGUCGAAGCAUUCCAGCAAAUAAGACUAACGGCAGUGGCCUCGAUGGAAUGUUUGGUGGACGAUGAUUUGAACCGCACUUUUGGGUUCAAUCGGCACUGUCGCUUGACCAUUGGAUCUUUCGGACUUCUUGACACAUACAUCGAUUUACCAUCAUCUCUUCUCUUGUACCUUUCGUUAUUCGAUUUUCAGCUAAAAAAUUUCCUCGGACACCAACAAUCAACAUCCGACCUACUUCCGCACAUAUCUCCGAACAUAUUACGAUUGUAUCAUAGAAAGUUUGACCUUGGUUCCUUCUAAUGCAUCUGGGGUCAAUUACAAAGUUCAUUGCUUUUACUUGCCUUCUCUGCAAUUCUGCAUAAUAGGGUAACGACGGAAAUUUGGGGAUUAUGGAAAUUUGCUUUAGUUUUUUUUCUUGAAUUGGGAAGCGGGGAGUUUUUUAUGAGGUGAUAUGAUCAUAGCAAAAGGUAAAAGAUCAUUGCAAAUACUGCAUACAUACUAGAAUGGUUAUGAAUGAUAGGAAGCAAGAAUGGCAAUGAAAAUAACAAUAACAAGUUUGUAGAUUAUGA